AUGGAAAAAGUUGAGGCAGUUGAUAUUAGGUUGAAGAAUUAUUUGAAAUUGGCUGGUUAUGAAAAGUGGGCUAGGUCCUAUGCAACAGUUAAUCGAGGGUGGACUUUGACUUCAAACAUUGCGGAGUCAAUAAAUGAAGUACUUGUAUUAGCUAGAGAACUGCCAAUUUAUGACUUUCUUGAGGAGGUUCGAUUAUUGUUUGCAAAAUGGAACUGCGAAAAUAGACAACAGGCUUCAUAUACCUUCACACCACUCAUUGGAAAGUUUUAUAACAUACUCAAAGAGAACGAGGCUUUGUGUACUCAUGUGACGGUUGUACCAGCCACAGAAUAUGUGUAUACGGUACACAAAAAAUAA